GGGUGUCUAUUUUUAGCCCCUGAAUGGAUCUGUGCUGGAGCCGAGCUCUCUGCCCCCAUCAAGGGUACAGCAUCAUGUUGUGCUGGGAUGAUUUUCCUGCGUGGCUCUUUGAAGGGCUCCAUCACCAGCUUAGAUUGUGGUACAGGCAUGGACAACUUCGAGUACAGCAUUCAGCUGAAUGACAGGGACUGGGCUGAGUUCUUCUUGGCGUCGGAGGAGUGCAACUUAGCGCCGGCCACGCUGGCCACAGCCGAGGAGCAGUGUCUCAGUGACAUUGAACAAGGGGACGGCGUGCCGGCGAGGGAUUGCCACGCCAGCACAAACGGGCACAUUGCAGCGAGGGUGGGCAACGGGCCAGGGUCUGGCACGGGAAACUCUGCCCCACGUGGGGUACCCAGAGACGCCUCCCUGCGUUGGCCCAUCGGCGGGCACCUUGCCCUGCCGGAGCUUCUCUCAGGCAGCGAGGACGAGGCAGACGUAGGCUCGGUCAGCAGGUUUCUGUGUGAGAGCGACAAGCCCGGCUGCCCUUCGUCCACUCCAAUGCCCAGCACACAGGGGAGGCAGCCCCCCUGUACCCCCACAGCCGCCACAGCUGGGGGCACAGGGCAGGACGCAGCGUGUGAAGCAGCAUCACAGCUGGCAUCGGCAUCGGAGAAAGGAGCAGCCAGCGGCAGAAAGGCCAUGGAGCAUCCCAGCCACCCAGCUGGAACAAGCACCCCUGAGCAGGGAGGGGACGCAGGAGGGGAGCAGCCCCAUAGAAAUCCAAUGGUGGCACAGCCGAUGGCUCCGGUGCAGGGCAGCUCACCGGUACUGCCUUCCUCUGCAGAGGGUUCAGCAAGGAAAAGUCCUAGCAGCGUGUCCCGCUCCGAGCCUGGACAACAGGGCCCCCUGCGUGCCCACCCACCAAGCCCAUCCCUGGAGACAGCACCCAGAGCUCCUGGCUGCCCGGCACGAGAGGAGGCAAGUGUGGAGAGAGCGGGUGCCGAGCUGAGCUCCCCAGACGUGGUGAGGCCCAAGGUGCCAGGGCAGACAAGAAAGAGCCGCAAGCAACGCGGAGCCAGUGGUGCCGAAGCAGCGCAGGGGGACAAGGAGCCUGCGGGGGCUGCAGCACAGGGGGCUGUGGUCCCCAUGAAGGCACCUCUAAGCUCACCACUGACCUCACGAAAGAGCAAAGGGAAGGAGAAGGCAGCCAAGCCUGCUCCUGUGAAGCUGGGGAGCGAGGAGGCAGGAGAGAGCAAACAGCCGGUGCCCAGCCCCAGCACAGACAAGGGCGAUCCGGCUGUGAGCGCUUCCCCAAAGCUGAAGGUGAAGGAACCGGCAGCACAGCCCUUGGAGAAGACAAAGACCACCAAGCAUGCAAAGCUCGGGCAGGCUGGUGGCUUGGGCGUACGUGACAAUGUGCCAGUGAUCCCUGCCAGCGGAGCUGUGAGUCCUUUGGGAGAGACAUGCCAGGAGGUGCCGGAGAAGCCUCCCUGUCCCAAGAGUGUGGCUGUUUUUGGAGGGGAUGCUGCUGAGGGAGCUCAUGAGGAGCCUGCAGCCCAGACCCCCGGGGAGCUGGGCCCCCCUUGCUUCGCAGCCGGCACCUCUGCCAGGGCAGACACCCUGGACGUGACUUGGCCUGAGAUGUACGAUUAUUUGUUCUGUGACUCCCAAGGGGAAGAAGAAGGAAUGGGGAACUCAGUGGAGGGAGAGAAAACACCCUUGGAAAGAGAAAUAUCCUUGCCUGAACUGUAUGAAUAUUUUUUCUGGGAACCAGAAGGAAAAAGGAAAAAAGUCAAGGGUAAAGACAGGAAGCGAAAGAAAUUCAGCAGCUUGGACGAUGCUCAGCUGCAAAAUGAGGAUCUCAACUCGGCUCCGGUUAAAGACUCCCUGGUUAUCUCAGUCCCUGAGGUGUACGAACACUUCUUUCCAGAUGGGCCUAGGAACAGGGCAGGCUGGAGAGGAAUUUUCUCCAUCACUCCAGCCUCCGAGGUGAAGAAAGCUGUGGGGGCUUUGAAAUCCCUCCUGCAAAGGCCAAUGAGUCUCGUCAGAGGCCAAGCCCCAGCCCCACAGGCUCUUGUGCGGAGAGGAUCUGGAGACAAUCUCCCGCUCGUCCCGCUGGCUCCGCUGGGAAGAGGCCAGACACAGCCAGGCCUGGACAUGACCCUUGCGCUGACAGGGAGGCCCGAGGUUCCGUUGGCACUGACCCACAAAGACAUGUGCCUUGUCUUCUGCGCCUUCGCAUCCUGGGCAGUGAAGACCUCCGACCUACGAGCUCCGGAUGCUUGGAAGACCAUGUUCCUGGCAAGUUUUGGCACACUUUCUGCCAUCCGUUACUUCCGAAGGCAGGUCAGAGAAGGGCAACCCCGGAUCUAGGCUCAGCACACACCAGAGGUUCUUCCUGAGGACAAACAAGGACUGUGAAGGCAGAGGCCGGGGACUUCAUUCUUGGGCAGUGUAAGAAGCCUGGAUCCCAGCAUCAAGACUUCUCUGCACCCAUCCCUAAACGGGACAGGAUGUCACAGGAAGCAGGAUCCUUCCGGUGACAGUCAUUUAUAAUACGGUAGGCAGUUUGUACCUGUACUGGACAGAAGAGGAGCCUGGAGUGGGCUGGCUCUGUUCUUUCUUUGCACACUUUUUGCGUACUUGUGCUAUCUCCUAGGAGUAGUCACAGUGUCUGUUCCAGGGCAGUGUUUGUCUGUCUUCCCUGCUGAAGCUACCUGGUGGCAAAGGAAGGCACUGAGGUGGUGAAGGGAGGAGAGAGGAAAAGAAAUGAGGAAAGUGCUUCAUUCCUGUGAAAGGAUUGGGGUAUCUGUGAAGGAAGAGAGGGGAGAGCUUUGGGGAGAAGCUGUCUCUGUUCCAACAUGGUGCUUUGCUGAGCAUGUGCUGGCUGUGUGUGGUGAGCUAGGCAGCAGCUAAAGAGAGAUGGAAGAGCUGCUCGCUUGGCAAAGUCCAAGUCUCCCAUGACCAGUUUGGCUCAUUGCAGGAGAAGUCAUCCUCUUGGAUUUCAAUCCAGGAAGCCACAGCUUGGUCAAACUGUUCAGGAGGCUGAGAUAAGGUUUCUGUUGCAUGUGGCUGCUUCAGUCUUGUGGAGCGAGAGCUGUGGAUGCAAUGUCUGUCCCUGCGGGUGAGGAGCAUCCACUGCAAGGACACAUCUCACUCCUGAAGGCAAAGGAUGGGCAGGUGUCACACAGCCAGAGCCGGGGGAGGGCAGGUGGGAAGGGCCCUGCAGGAGGCUGCAGAGAACAGAAAGGGGCUGUAGGGGCAGCAGGAAGAGAGGCUGAGCUCAGGGAAGCCUCAGGAAAGAGCCCUGACAGGGACAGGAGUAUGUCGAAGAGGAGGAAAAGCCACACAUACAUAUUUGGCUCUGACAAUGAUCAGAUGAAGGGUCUAGGUUUGUUGGUCCCUACACUGCCUCCCAUCCUAGAGACACAGAGUUGAGACACAGAGUUGGCUGGGAGGAAAUGUCGGAUGAGGAGGUGCCAUGGUUGAGUGUGGGGCUGGAGAAGACCCAGAAUGGAAGGUGGGGCAAAAAAUGACAAGGAAGCCGUCCGGUUUCUUCCCUUUCUUUAGUGCCUUCCUGAUCACUCAAGGGCAUUAUUCAUGAGGGUUUUUCUUCACUCCCAAGUCCAAUAACAGCACAAAUAUGAGAUUUAUUAAGCACUUAGGGACCGGAUCCACAAAGGUCCUGGGGGAAAUCUGGCCAGCAUACCUCUGUGGAUCUGCCUACGAGCUUUAUAGGAACAGUUGGUGGCAAUUUUUGUCUUAGGAAACCAGAGACGAGAGGUUUAGUAACGCAGAGUGCCAUGCAAUUUUAAUGUGUGUAGGGUUAUAUUGAAGACCAUGUAUUAUUGCUGAUAAGAGAGCACUGUACAAUUGUACAGUGAGAUACGGAGGAGCAAAUAGCAACAGAGAGAUGUACAGUCACUAGAUGGACUGUAGUAGCUGUAUAUUCAGUAAGAGGGGUUCUGUGGAGGAGGAGAACAGAUAAAAUAUUCUGGAAGCUUCUAAUAAAGAUCUAUCUC